CUCAUUUCUCCGUUGCCGGUGCUAUUCGUCGUAGAUUCCCCUCAACUCAACUCCCAGCGCUAUAAAAUAAAUACAGUCCUACCUUUACUAACCACGAUUCAUUCAUCCGAACGCAUAUUCCCACAGGCAUUCCUUGAAUGCAGGUACCUUAUUGUCAUCGGAUUUGUAUCAAGAGGCACUUUGUGAACCGAAAUAUCCGGCCGGAGGGACCAUGACCGCCUCAGAAGCCCACACUGUGUCGUGGGAGCAAGGCGACCAGAAGCCGGCGAACCCGAUGACGAUGAGCAAAGCACGCCGCUGGUUAAUUGUGGCGAUUGUGUCCUCGGGAUCCCUAUGUGUGGCUUGCACAUCAUCGCUCUACGCCAGUGCACAAGAGAACUUACAGAUUGAAUUUGGCUGCUCGAGACAGGUUGCCACACUAGGUCUCUCGCUGUUUGUCUUCGGCCUGGGUCUCGGUCCCAUGAUUUUGGCUCCUCUAUCAGAGUUUUAUGGGCGAAGACCCAUCUAUGUUUACUCGUUCUCUCUCUUUGUUGUUUGGCUCUUACCUUGUGCUCUCGCGCAAAACAUGCCGACGAUGCUCGUUGGCCGGUUUUUCGACGGCUUCGCUGGCAGCGCUUUCCUGAGCGUUGCAGGCGGUACGGUUAGCGAUCUUUUCUCAGGCCACGAGCUUUCAGCACCUAUGAUGGUCUACACUGCUGCCCCUUUUCUUGGACCCGAACUUGGCCCAUUGAUUGGUGGGUUUAUCAACCAAUAUUGCCCCUGGCGGUGGUCCUUUUACCUCCUCCUCAUCUGGGGUGGGAUAGAGUUGUUCUUGAUCUUGGUAUUUGUACCAGAAACAUACCAUCCUAUAUUGCUAUGCCAGAAAGCGCGAAGAAUCCGCCUUGAAACUGGCGACAACAGAUGGAAGGCACCAAUGGAGCCAGAUCCUAAGAGGAUCGCACAUGCAGUUUUCGACUCAUGUAAAAGGCCGUUCCAACUUCUCAUCUUCGAACCAAUGUGCCUAAAUCUUUGCAUCCUGUCAGCAAUCCUGCUUGGUAUAUUGUAUCUCUUCUUUGGUGCGUUUCCGCUAAUCUUUUCAACCUCUCAUAAUUUCACACUGUCUCAAAGUGGGCUGUCAUUCCUGGGAUUGUUAGUCGGAAUGGUCUUUGGCAUAAUCAGUGAUCCAAUUUGGAGGAACAAUUACCAACGUUUAGUUCGACGCCGAAACCGAGAUAGCGACGAGGUUGAUAGUCGUGCGGACCCGGAAUUUCGACUUGUCCCCUCUAUUGUGGGCUCAGUCAUCAUCCCUGUUGCAAUGUUUGGGUUUGGCUGGACAACUUAUCCAUCAAUACACUGGAUUGUUCCAAUCAUCUUUUCCUCUUUUUUCGGCUUUGGAAUCAUUUUAGUAUACUCUGCAAUUUUUACAUUUCUUGUGGAAUGUUAUCCGAUGUAUGCUGCUUCUGCUCUGGCAGCAAACAGUUUCGUCCGAUCGAGCUUUGCUGCAGCUUUCCCAUUAUUUGGAUACCAAUUGUACCAAGGCAUAGGAUUUCAAUGGGCUACGUCUGUAUUGGCAUUUUUGGCUCUGGCAAUGUCGCCCUUUCCUUAUAUCUUUUAUGUUUUUGGAAAGCGAUUGAGAAAGAACAGCAGGUUUUCAGCCAAAUAAAUUGUUGAGGUGGAAAUCAUAGACCAGUUACCUUUACGGGCCCUUUACCUAUAGACAAUGUCCUCUGGCCAUUCGCCGAGAAUACAACUGAUGUAACUAGGCUGCUAUGGCCCUGAAGCUUUCGCUGUUCCCUACGGCUGUUACUGGUAGCCGUAUAAUGACGCCGCUGAUCUGACCGAGAGUUCAGAGCUGAG